UGUGAAAUAGAGGAACAUCUCUUCCGGGUCGAUUGUGUUGCUGUUUUCUGUUAUUCGUCAUCAGCUCCAGGUUAUCUCGUAGCUUUAUGGUGGGAUUUAAUGUCUGUUGUACUUUUGGAUAUCUCACUACCUAACACUCCGACUCGAUAUUGAAUAGCAGUAAAAGUCUUGAGUCACUGACUCCCUACAUCAGAGGAGUAGCCUUGCACUCAUUUUCAGCUUCUCGGGGUUCCCUGUGUCCCCUCCUUAAGCGUUGGAAUGGGCAGUCAUUUCCGCAGCUACAUCUGGGACCCGGUCCUCAUCUUGUCCCAGAUUGUGUUGAUGCAAUGCAUCUACUACAGCUUUCUGGGUCUGUGGCUGGCUGGAGUGGAUAGUCUCGUACAAACCAACAGAUCGCUGGACCAGAUCUUCAGUUAUGAGGUUCUUGGUUUUGCAACAAUGCAGGGCAGACUCUCAAUGAUGGCAUUCAUCUUGAACUCGCUUACCUGUGCCCUGGGCCUGUGGUUCUUCAUCCGCCGAGGGAAGCAGUGUCUGGACUUCACCGUCACUGUGCACUUCUUUCACAUGAUAGGCUGUUGGAUUUACAACGCCCACUUCCCGGCGGCCCUGUCCUGGUGGCUGGUCAACGUGGCCUGCAUGGCUCUGAUGGCCGUGAUUGGAGAGUACCUGUGCAUGCGGACGGAGCUCAGGGCCAUCCCAGUCAACAGUGGACCUAAGUCUAACCUCUGACCUGACCCAACUCUGUGACACUGACUUACCCCCUGUGAAUUGUUCACCUACAGUUAUCUGUACAGUAUGAUGUGGGGUAUGACAUUUGUGCCCAAAGACUUGGUGGGACUGGGAAGUGAGCUGCAGUAACACAGUAGUUGUAUCUAGAGACAGAGAUGCUCAGAGUUGGAAGAUUGCACAACUCUCAAUAGAUUCAAGGACUUGGAGAUAAACUGAAUUGGUUCUGGUUGCUGUAUGAAUUUUUACACAUGUACUACACAUCUAAGAGUGAAUGCUAACUUCUUCCUUGAACCACAGACUAAGAUACCACUUUCUUUGAGACCGUUUAAAGCAGAGUUUAGUUACAAAGUGUUACAAAGAUCUGAAUAGUUUCAUAAUUGUAUUACAUUAUGAUAUCACAUGAUGAAUAUAGAGAAAUGGUUGUCAUGGACAUGCUUUUCGGUUAUGUCCUAUAAAGUUGAGAGAGAAAAAAGUGCAGCUUUAUUUGAGCCAGUUGAAUGAUAAACAUUGAACAUGGUACAAUAACAAACUAGUCAUACAUGUAAAGAACAGAUCACCAAAUAUGGAGUUCUAUUUUAUUCCUCAUUAAAGUAUGUGAGCUUGAGAGAUGAACGGAAUCAGCAAAGCUUAACCAUACAAUCAACGUUAGGAAGUUAACGUAACAAGAAAGCACAUGAAAGUAGGCCUACUGAGCCAUGUAAUGGGAGCAGAAAUUAAGAAUUUAAAUACAAUACUUAAUACAGGCUUUUUGUAAAUAAUGUACUCUGUAGUUGGUGUCUCUGAAAGACCACAUACAUAUUGAAUUCUUACAUCCUGUAGUGUUUCAGGAGCAGCAAGUAUCUGAUAAUCAUUCCUCGCUCAGCACGAUGCUAUUGGUUUUAAAGUGUUGCGUGUAUAUGAUGGGAUGCUGUGGAGAGCAGAUGGUCCCUCUGGAGAUGGUCUGUCAGCCACCAGCUGUGUUAUGACAGGAUGCUGUCACUGUGUGUGCCUGACUGCUCGCUGGUGCCAUGGCUAGUCUAUGGUAAGUUUAAAUGUAAACCUACUUUAGGAAGCAGCAUGCUCAGUGUUAAUGGUUGGCUGCUGAUUUUCAACACACUUUCUCUUUCCUUCUCAUAGUCUGAAAAUUAUUUUUACAAAAAAAUAACCUAGGCUAUGACCUUUCACAUUUUUGAAUCUUAAUUUGGAACUUCUGUUUAAUUUGAAUUGCAGUGGAAAUCAGGACUAUGCAGUGUAAUGUUUCUACACCAACUUUCUCCUCUAGCGUUGGUGCUAAGGGGUUUUAUAUCACCAAGUUGUUGAACUCUUAGUAAGUUUGAUCGUUUGAAGUCUCGAAGGGAAACUCUGCCACUUUUCAACCUCAUUAAUGUUCUCCAGUACCAUUGUCUACAUAUGUGAAAGCGAUCUGGUUAAAACGAUUAGAAAAAAGGUAAUAAAAAAUGCUUCUCUCUGACAUCACAUGGUAGGAUUAAAAGUAACCAAGAGGGAGGGUAUUUUCUUGCACCCCACUUCACCUCGAAUGUCAAAGUUUAAAAAUCACUGUUUAAAAAAAAACAUUUUAACCUUUGAUGAUGUCAUCAAAAAGACACAGUAUUCACAGAUGUAGAUACUGGAUUGGUGCUGGAGAUAAUUAAUAUGAGGUUGAAAAGUGGUGGCGUUGAAGACCCAAUCCUUUGUUUUUGUUUUAUUGUCACAGCAAAGAGUGCUUCUCUUCACAUCACAGAUUUUCCUGGGAUGGUUUUUCUCAGAUUUUAAACUACAACUUGUUUUAAAAAAUAUACAUUUUAAGCCAUUUAUGUAAUAAAGCUAAUGAAACUAUAA